AUGCCCAAAGUAGUAUCGCGAUCCAUCGUCUGCUCUGAUACCAAGGACCAGGAGGAGUACAACGAGGAGAAGCCGUUGAAUAUCUACUACUGUCUGUGCAACAAGAUGGCUUUGAUUCUGGACUGCACCCUGGACCAGUUGCCACUGCGGGAGGUGGAUAAUGCUCGCGUGAUAAACGCCAACGAUCAUGCCAACAAACUCACCUACAAUCCCACACCCAAAAUGCUUUACAUAAAGCGGAAAAGCAGGGGAAAUGCCAUAGAGAAGCAGUACCGCUAUAAGUGCCGCAGCUGCAAUCUCCCGCUGUACUACCGCCAUAGCCCCGAUUCCCAGGUGACCUUCGUCAUGUUCAACGCUUUGAUUCGCAACAAGGGCGAAAGUCCUCUUAGCCAACUCCUGAACGCCGAGACCAAAGGCAGUUCCAAAGCACUGGCUGCCAAGACAGCUUCUUCCGGCGGGCCCGAGGAUUCGGGCAUAGUGGAUGCCAGCGGCAAGAAGGUCAUGGUCACCAGGCACACCAAGAACAUGGGCAAGUUCAGCUCGGUCACGGUGUCCACCAUUGACGAGGAGGAGGACGAAAUCGAGGCGCGCGAAAUUGCCGACAGCUAUGCAAACAAUGCCAGGAUCAUCGAGAAGCAGCUGCAGCGUAAAGGCGGCAAACUGAGCGACGUGGGAAUCAAGGGCAAAACGGAAGAUGCGCCGCCACCGCAGAAAAAACAGCGCGGUACGCUGCUGGAGAGAUAG